CUAGAAAACGUCAAUAAACAAAUAGUGAGCUAUUCAAAUACAUCACAUGCAUUAUUGAUAUUGCAAGUUUGUUCAACAAAUAAGAACACUUGAAAUCAAUUUGAAAUUAGCUUACAUCCGAGUAAUAAGAUACAAGGGCUUGUGAGCUGGUUGUUAAGUUUGUCUGUUCUUGGAAUGCCGUCUUUGUUGAUGUUUGGUCAUUUUACAGGAAAUGGACAACUUAUCGGAGGAACAAAUUGCAGAAAUGAGGGAAAUCUUCAGUCUUUUUGACAAGGACUGUGACGGCUACAUAGAUGUUAGAGAACUGGGAAAGGUUUUAAGGUCAAUGGGACUAAAUCCUACAGAAGUGGAAAUAGAGGACCUCAUCAACCAGUACAGGGAUGUAGAUGAAAACACAACUGAUGACGACGCGGAAGAUGGCAAACUUGACUUUUCUGAAGUCAUGAAAAUUUUGGCAAUAAAAUCCAAAGAGCCCCCAGAGACGGAGGAAUAUUUACGCGAAGCGUUCCGAACGUUUGAUAAGGAUGGUAGCGGGAAUAUAACGUUAAUAGAACUCCGGCAAAUAAUGACUAAUCAUGGAGAAAAACUGACGGAUGAAGAAGUGGCAGAACUCAUUCAAGAAGCAGACGAUGGAAAAGGAGAGGUUCACUAUGAAGAUUUUGUGAAGCUGAUCCUCAGCAAGUGAAAGAUCAGCAUUGUUCAUCUCAGAUGAAGAUUAAAGAAGUGACAGCUAAAGAAAUAUAUGGAACUCUUUAUAGUGGCUUAUUAUAAAGGAUAAAACUUUUGUACAGUCAAACGCAAGAAAGGAAUGUGCAGAAAUAAUUACCUUAACAUUUUGAAAACAGCAAAAAGUUUUUAAAUCAACGUAUGUUUUAUGAAAAAUAAGGUAGUUGAUAAACAUGUGUGAAAUCUACUACUUGUAAAUUAAAAAAAUCUC